ACUAGUUCUAGUAUAGAUGCACAACUCAUUAUAAUUUGACCUUCGCGUGGUAGCCAUCAAUUUAAUGUGUGCAGUUCAUUAUUAUGAUAGUUCUAGUAUAGCUUCACUACUCUUAUAAUUUGACCUUUCCGUGUAGUCACCGUAUUUGGCCAGUUAUGGAGGCUAGAACCAUUGCCUCACGAGAAAAAAUCUAAGUGGCAAAGAGAAAUAGAAUGGCUUCUUUGUGUGAGCGAUUAUAUUGUUGAAAUGGUACCUUCUUGGCAUGCACUGCCAAACGGAAGCAGAGUCGAGAUUAUGAGCAGUCGGCCUAGAAUGGAUCUAUUUAUUAACAUGCCAGCUCUUUGCAAACUUGACAAUAUGCUACUCGAGAUACUAGAUGGAUUUAGCGAGUGCGAAUAUUGGUAUGUGGAUGAAGGCAUAUUAGGUUCAAAUCCAUGUGUACCGCCCGGCGGUCUUUCUGAAGGCACGAGAAAGCAAUUAAGUGAGAAGCUAGAAUGUGGUAGUCAGAUCCUUAAAGCUGCCUCAGCCAUUAAUGCCGCAACUUUGGCUGAGAUGGAAGUUCCAGAUUCGUACAUGGAAUCUCUCCCCAAGAAUGGAAAAGGAUGCCUGGGGGAUGUCUUGUACCGUUACAUAAGUAGUUGUGAGCAUUUGUCCCCCGAAUGCUUGGUUGAGAGUGUUGGAGAUGAAGGUUGUUUAGAGAUGGCGAAUCGGGUUGAGGCGGCAAUCCAUGUUUGGAGGCGGCAACGUGUGUCGUCAUGGGAGAUGAGGAGAGGUUUGUUGGUGGAGAGGGCCGAGAACCUCCUGCUUUCAUUGAGAUUGCGUUUUCCAACUCUUAUGCAAACAACUUUGGAUGCAACCAAGAUACAAUGCAACAAGGAUGUUGGCAAGUCUAUUCUGGAAAGCUACUCAAGGGUGUUGGAGAGUUUGGCAUUCAACAUCGUGUCGCGAAUAGAGGAUCUACUUUAUGUGGACGACGUAAACAAGACGUCUGACAAAAACAUCAGCUUAGGUUCUUCCAAGAAGGUCAUUAGAGGCCCGUUCCUAGUGUCAUGGCCUCCAGCUAGAGUUAGAGGAGACCAAAUGUCGGUUUUGAGCAGAAGCAGCAACACUAACGCUAAUCGUGGCUUACGUGUUAUCACCAACUAUGUGAAGGUAGACGAUGAUGGAUUCAUUGCCGAGGAAAGGAAGUCGUCACAACCAAACAUGGAUGUCAAGGAAUCCUCUUCUGCCAACAAACAACAACUAGACAAAUUUUACAUGUAUUCUUCACUUAGAUAAGCUGCUUAGUCUUCUACUUUUAUAGUUUUCAUGUGUUUGCUUUGUCGUGAAACAAAUGGUGAAAUAACUGUUUCACAUAAUGGAUAGUGUAAUAACUAGUUGCUUCGCUUGUGUCAUCUUCUCAAAAUGAAUUGGACCAUGUUUAAUAUUUGUUUUUGGAAUUUUGU